AUGGAAAAGGUGGGUGGAAUGGAUGGAAGUGGAACCACCGAAUGCACAACCAAUACAUCCUCAAAACCAUAUUUUGAUCAUGACUCAAUGAAUGCUCCAACCACUAUUACAGUUACAUCAUCAAAAAAGAAUCAUAAAUCUCUUCUUAUCAAGCAAGAAGAUAGGCAAACCGGCAUUGUUAGCUGGAAGGGAUUCAGCCUAGAUGCAGAUGCACAUGUCCUCCCUGCAACACAGGUGAGUUUUGCAGUUGGACUGAAGAUUAAAACUUACAUCAACUCAACAGUUGCACCAAUGGCAGCUUUAUUAUUCAAAGGAACAGUAAUUGGAGACCCUUUAGCUCCAUCUGUGGCUUCAUUCUCUUCUAGAGGUCCGAAUACAGUGAGUCCAGGAAUUCUGAAACCAGACAUUAUUGGACCAGGUGUCAGCAUUCUAGCAUCAUGGACAACCCCACUUCCUGGAAGCACAGACACAAAAUCUCCAUUUAACAUGAUGUCUGGAACAUCAAUGUCAUGCCCACAUCUCAGCGGUGUUGCAACAUUGCUGAAAGCUACUCAUCCUUAUUGGACACCAGCAGCUAUAAAGUCAGCUAUAAUGACUUCUACAGACCUUGUUAAUCUCAAAGGCACACGAAUAGUAGAUGAAACACUCCAACCAGCUGACCUAUUUUCUAUGGGUUCAGGUCAUGUUAACCCAUCAAAACCAAUGAUCCUUGAUUGA